UCGGGAAGAACUUCGAAUUUACUUUGAAAUUUAAGUUUAAAUUUUAAAAAUUUAAAAGAAAUAUAUUUAAAAUGAGUGGUGGGUUACCAAGAAGAAUUGUUAAGGAAACUCAAAGGCUACUAGCAGAACCUGUCCCUGGAAUAAAGGCCGUACCACAUGAAGAAAAUGCUAGAUAUUUUGAUGUAAUUGUCGAUGGUCCAAAAGAGUCGCCAUUUGAAAAAGGUUGCUUUAAACUGGAGUUGUUUCUACCAGAAGAAUAUCCAAUGUCACCUCCAAAAGUUCGUUUUAAUACUAAGAUUUAUCAUCCAAAUAUUGAUAAACUUGGUCGAAUCUGCUUGGAUAUUUUAAAAGAUAAAUGGAGUCCAGCGCUUCAAAUUCGAACUGUUCUCCUCUCUAUCCAAGCAUUAUUAAGUGCCCCUAAUCCAGAUGAUCCUUUAGCCAAUGAUGUAGCAGAACAAUGGAAAACAAAUGAAGCGAAGGCUAUUGAAACUGCUCGACAGUGGACUCAAAUGUAUGCUGUACACAAUGCAAGCUGAUGCUAAAAUAACACAAAAUAUGAACGGAAGAUUUGUAGUUAUAUCAUAUUGUGAUAAUAUUAUGUAGGAUUACUGUACACCAUGGUUUAACUCAUCUACUCACAAACGAACAUUGAUUUGUAAAAAAGGCCAACCGCCACCUAUAAGGUUUCGUUAGGAACUCUAGAACAGCAAACGAUGGUCAACCUACAGCCAGGGCCGACACAAGCGCGAUAAUUGGAGCCUUCCCCCUCCAAUUAUCGCAUCUAGUUUCGACCCUGCGUACAGCCAUACCGGAGUAAAUAGCUCCUGUGUUACAGUUUUGAAAUAUCAAGAACAUUUCUCCUUUAUUUCAUGUGUAAAAAUUUCAUCCGACGUUUAAUAACGUAUGAACGCCGGUAAGGCCGAAACUCCAUUGUAGCAGCAACAAAAACAUUGUAGCGGAAAAAUUGUUGAUGGCUUUAAAAUCGAGGAAUAUUCCUCAUCGUGAGAAAAGCUGGGGACGCUGUCGAUUGUUUGCGGAGAAAAGAUGCCUCGCUGUCAUCAUUGUAUUCCUAAUGGUAUUCAUAAUGUGUCGGCAAACGCGCUACGCGAAUGUUGACAUGUAGCUGGCCAUACUUAAGCAAAAAAGAGACAUUCCUUUUUCCGUGAAUAUCGACACCUCUGUUAGAGUUGACCACCAUUUGCUUCAUAAAAAACUCGGGAUGAGAUUAUGAGAAAUAAAAAGUCUCUAAAAAAUUUUACUUUUAAAUCUCCGUACAGAUAAGAAAAAUUUCCUUGACAAGUUUUCUCUGUUGACUAGUUUUUCACACACAAGCAUUUGAAGACAAGUAUUUUUCACAAUUUAUUUGCAUUCCUAUAAACGCAUUUACCUGUCCUUUGGGACUUUUCUUUGUUGCUCGUACGCAAACGAAAAUAUUGAAACUUGUUAAUCCUUUUUGCGAGCAAAUAAAACUUGACAAUGAUAAUAUUUGUGAAGGAAAACUUUCUCGUCUCUCCGGGGCUUGGCACGACCACAAUGUGAUGGCAAUUCCCUCAAAACAACUGACCUUCUAUUCUAUUGUUUAGAUAUUAAUCUUUUUGAAACUUUCGCUUUUGUUGCUAACCUAUUGUGUUAGCUUCAUCACCCGGUCCGCACUUGUUAUGUGGAAUAAUCUGAUAUUGCAAUAUAAAUUUGUAUACAUGAAUUGUGAACUUCUGGUUGAUGUA